AUGCACCAGGUCAUCACACUCAUCGUGGCCGUCUCCAUCUGCAUGCUGAGCGUGAGCGUGCUGACGCGCGUCCUCCAGCAAAGCCACAACGACUACCUACAGAUGGGCUACAUUCGAUUUCCGGAGGACGCCGGCGCGGAGACCGUCGUGCUCAUGAACUCCUUCGGAAAUGCCUUGAGCUUCCUCUUGAUGCUCAUGAUCGUCAACUGCGCCUUGGUGCUGCUGUACAAGAGGGGCCACUACAACAUCAUCAAGGCCUGGAUGAUAACUGGCAGCGGCGUCCUCCUCUUCCUGACGGGCUACUAUUACCUGGGCCGACUGGCCUUCUACUUCAACGCGCCGCUGGACCACAUGACGUGUUCGCUGUUCAUAUGGAACGUGGGCGUGACCGGCAUCACGGCGCUAUACCACGACGGGCCGUUCCUGAUGCAGCAGGGCUACCUUGUGUACAUAUCCGUGCUCAUGGCCGUGACACUGGAGGAGUCCUUCCCCGAGUGGACGUCGUGGAUUCUCUUGGUGCUUGUCUCCGUCUGGGACAUAUUCGCGGUGCUCUGCGUCCUGGGCCCGCUCCGAAUCCUGCUCGAGACGGCCAAGGAGCGAAACGAGCCGCUCUUUCCGGCUCUCGUGUUCUCCACUUCCUCCGCUUGGUGCUACGCCAUCGGCAGUAGCUCCGCGGGCUUGACGCGCGCCCGCUCGUCUUGCGACACUGCUGCCUGCUCGAAUCGGUCUCUCGCUGACAAGGUGCUCCUACCCACGGAUUCGGCGUCCGAUCCUCCAGCUCGGAGGGGAGAUCUGACUUCCGAGUGCGCCGAUCGUACGAGCAAAACUGCGGUUUCGAUUCGCUCUUGCCUCGAGGUGGUUGCGGAGGACUCGCGGUUGGCCUCCACCUUCCGGGUGCGCGCUGACUCGAUCGCUUCGCCGAAGAACGAAGAGAACUUGCUCCGGUUUAGCGAUCCAGAGGAAGCAAACGAUACACCCUGGUCGACUGAUAAGGCGCGAGAAUGUCGGAACCAGUCCGAUGCGAAGACUUCCACGGGGUCGACCCCGAAUUCUUCGGCCCCCGGUUCCGUCGUGCCGGAGAAUUGCGGAGAGCUGCGCGCGGUACAGCCGCACCAUUACCACGGCGAAGGCGGCGCCGCAGACAGGGAGGACGCUCCGUUACCGGUGCUGCCUCCCCCUGCAGGUGUUCACAGGUGCCGUCACCACGGCAGAGCUCACCGGCGCCGAGCUGAAAGGCACCAGGGAGAGCGCGAAUCGAGUGCAGAGAUGUCGGGCGACCGGGGAAUGAAGAUGGGCCUGGGGGACUUCAUCUUCUACAGCGUGCUCGUGGGGAAGGCGUCGCGACACGGCACCGCGCUGACGGUGAUCGCCUGCUACCUGUCCAUAAUCGUGGGCAUCCUGCUCACCCUCUCUCUGCUGGUGUAUUUUCAGAAGCCGCUGCCCGCGUUGCCUUUCUCGAUCGGCCUGGGUAUCGUGGCCUACUUUUCCAGCUUUCAUCUCGCCGAACCUUUCAUCAAUGACGUCAGCGGGAUCGUUUUCUAA